AUGAACCGUUCUCCCCCGUUAUCCUAUGAAAGUUUGAAAAGUGUGCUUGGACAAAUAGAUGCGAAUACAAGAUUCCGCCUAUUCUCCAGAAUACCCUCGAUCCGCCCUACCGACAAGGUAGUUCCACUUCGGAUUCAAUCGUUUUCGGCUCAAAAUAACACAUUCAAAAUCAACGAUACGAAAUAUGAGGUGGAAAUCUAUAAGAAGCACCCAGAUGUCAACAAUUCUGGUUGCGCACUCACUGAUCUAGAUCAACAUGGAUUUAAAGAUGAUUCUGGAAAGAAUGUGUUGGCUCCUGGAGAUGUGGAUUUGCGCGACGAAUCGGUAACAGCUGGUGAGCCAAGGUUCUUUCAGCAAGAUGAAAGGAUUCCGGAUCUAGAAAAAGACUUGGAGGAAUUGAGGAGAAAAAUUCAAUUUGUGGAGAGCUUUGGACCAAUUCCAAAGGCUCUUGAGAGGAACAAGGAUUACAAACCGUUCGAGCAUCAAAAACUGCUUAAAGUAUUUAUGAAAGGAACUGGAAAUAUCACCACCGAGCGCCGUCAGGAAUUCGAGGGAGCACGAAGAAUGGCUCACCGCAAGCUAAGCGCGGAUAUCAAGAAUCUGUUGGCAAAACUCCAACCGUUCUACUCCCGACGGGAUGGUGUACCCCUUCCAUACGAGAUGUUCAUCCAAUUAACUGUAUCUUCGCGGCGUCAGGAACACAUCGAGCGAGUUCGAUACAGUAAGAAGCUUCAUGAGUCCGUAAAAUACCUUAGCACUCGUUUGUUCGGAAAUCGGAGUCACCCUGUCCAUAUUCAGUUGCUUAAACUUUGCUGGAAUAGGAUAAUGAGGCUCCCCGUGGGAUUGCGGUUGAAGAUUGAGGAGAUCCAGCAGGUAACAAAGAUCCAUAUCCUCCAGAAAUCAUUGGUUCCGUUGUUGGAUGCUCCAUUCAAGCGGCUGAAUGCAAUCAUCAAUAACGAUGCAGAUUUCGAAUGUUCAAUUCUGAAGGAAGCACGACAUCUUCAGGUUUUCGAAAACCUCCCAUACCAAAUUCGACCACCAGUUGUCUUGAAUCUUCAAAACUUGAAUUUCUACAAAAUAUCUCGAAUUGAGGACAGCUGGUCUGUUGACGACUUCUUGGUAGUCAUCAAAAAUUGGGUUGAAUCUGGAAAAAGAGUUGGUAGCUGCUACAGUUUCGGCACUAGCGAGCAUGUCAAAAACACUAUUUUGGGAAAGAUCACUGAGGAAUAUAAGGAUGCGGAGACUGGUGAUGCAUUCAUCUCGAUUCCGACAAGAUUCAAUACUCAAGUGAAGGUGUCAAUUGAGGAGGGUCAGGGAUUAAAUCAAUGGGUUGUGAAGUUUGAGGUUCUUCCGAUCGAACGGGCGUCUCAGUGA